AUGAUGGAGUUGUUACAACUACCCACAACAUGUGAGUGUCUUUUACCGCUAGACGCUGCUGUGAUGGCGGCGUAUGGUCCGAGUGCCAUUUAUUUCUUUCCGCUCUCGCAAUUAUUUAACGCGGUAACGGCAACGGCAACAGUAACGGCACCUAAAGGUUUUCAUAGUGUUGAGUUGUCCUCCCAUUGGGGCUGUUGUGCGCCAUGGCACCCGCCUGGAGCCUCACUGGAGCGUUGUGGUGUGUUUUACGAGCAAUCGGGGCUCGUACGCUUCCGCAGUUGCAGUUUCGGUGACAUGCCUCAACAAAAACGUGUUGAUGGCAAAACAAAAAAGGGAAAAAAGGGUGAGGAAAGUGUUUUUGACCCCGCUGUAAAGGGUUUGGAUGGUAUUGAAGAAAUGGCGGUAUUCUUCGGCACAACGUUGGUAGUCCGCACCGGUGCAGAGGCAUUGUUUUUUGCCCUUGAUCCGGCAAGUAAUCCCGGGGAGGAGAAAUUGCCGCUUAUCGGUCGCACAGCACUCCCACAGGGAAAAUCGAUAUCGACGACAACGCCGUCAAACGAUGUUAGCGCUGAUAAUUUGUGGUAUUUCAUGGGAGCAUCUCACCCAACAAGUAUUGUAGAUGAAGGCGACCGCUACAUUUGCGUGGCCUCAUUUGACAGGAAGGAACGGAAGCUGGAGGCGGUUUUGUUGGCGGUCUCCGACACACGAGCUGUGCAACUGAAGCGUACCAAAGUUGGGGGCUUGAAAGUCUCACCAGAUGCAGGAAAGUUUUUCUGUUGCGCCUUUAAUUGGUCGCUGCGGCAGUUGAUUGUUGUUUUCAAAGGUAAGAAGGGAAAGACAAGUGGGACCACCUUGGCACUUUCCCUAGAGUCCAUGUCCCUUACUGCAGAAAACAUAACGGUUCCACCAAAAGCAAUGGACUUGACGUACACUACCGCUGGAGAAGCGUGGGCCCUCACCACCGCUAACGAAGAUGGUGCGCUUAUAAUUAAAAAUUUAAUGGCAGCCGACGCCGGCCGCGAAGUGCGUUUGCCCUCCCUGAAGGGACGACAAGCAAGUGGAAAUGGCAACCAUGAUGACCAGAAGAAAAAGAAAAAGGAAGAGGAAGAGGAAGGAGAAGGAGAAGGAGAAGAUGUCCACACAUGUCUCACAGCCGUGGGGUCUACGGUAUGUGUGUUGUAUGGAAAGGCGGUCGCGAUGGUGUGCACUGAUGAUAGCGCAAACAAGGGAGGAGCCAAGUCAAGCAAAGAUUCCGUUACAUUUAGCGGGCAUACCCAAACUGGAGGUGAAGAAUCGCUUUAUGCAUGGUUACUGAAGCAGCAGCAACGGAAAGUGGAUGAGAGUGAGGAAGAAGAGCACCAGCAGGAGCUGCGUGAGGUGAUAAAUUUCUUACAGGGUACCGUGAAGGGACCGCCCACCCUCAUCGUCCGUGACUGCCGUUACGUAUCGCAGAAGAAUGGGGUGUACAAUCACGAUGUCCUCGAUAGCAUUCAGGCGAAUUCAAAAAUGAAGGUGUACUACAAGCAACUGCUGCGUUACAUUGCCAUCGCUCAAUCCCUUCAUCCUGUCACUAUUUUACUUGCCUUGCACGUGGAAAACCCGAGUGUUCGUCUGAGCGUCGCCGCACUGCUUGCUGUGAAGCCGGCGCUUGCUGCUGGAGGUUUGCGACUACUCGAGUGGGGCGGUCCCACACGAUCUCAUUUCAACAAAAGUGGAGACGGCAACUACAAAAGCAAUGCUAGGCGAGAGGCUAAACUCUUUGGUGCAGCGCUGUUAAACUCAGCUCUAGACGCCCUUUCCGCUGGUGCACUCGGUGCUGUUGAAGUGCUGUGUGCGGUAGCAGAUAUUACACUUAUGGCAGCCCUCACACCCAAUUCCUCAUGUACUGUCGCGGGCAAAAGCGAUAGUUUUAGACAAGCUGCAAACCACAACCGCCAGGAUGGCAAUGCGGUUACUCGUGAAGAAGUGGAAGCGGAACUCACAAUUGUGGAUUGCAUUGCAGUACUCACAAGUUAUGCGCGGUGGGCUCUUGUCACGGCGGCACCAUCCCUCGGCACCAUUACCGCACACCUCGCCCCCCCACGCACUGAUGAAAGUCGCCGAAAGGAGGCAAUGAUUAGGGACCGCGUGGCGCAUGCGAUCACAACAUCGCGGGAUAUUCAAAUUGAUGUCUUUCCGCUGCGCUGCCGAUAA